UGCAAACUUUGCAUCGUUACAGCAAAAGUCGGUGACGCCGCCUACGUGGCACCAUCACGUUCGUCUGUCUCCACUAUAAAUACCCCUCGUCUCUCCGGGUACCUUGCCUCACUGCCCGCCUCCAUAGCCCCCUCUCUCUCUCUCUCUCUCUCUCUCUCUCUGACUCAGAGCUCGCUAUAGGGUUUCCUCGUCUCUGUCUUUCUCUCUCUCUAGAUCUCUUUCGCCCUCUACAUAUAUAUACGUACAUGUAUUGUGUUUAUAGGUGAUGUUAUUGCGGCGGUCUCUAAUUCGCUUGGUGCAGGUCGGGAACUGCUUCGCCACCGGUGGCGGCGGCGGCGGCGGCGGCGGAGAUGGGUGGUUUGGUGGUGGCGAAUUGGAUCCCGCCUUGCAUCAACUGAAUCGGAGACCGCGGUGAAUGUGAGGAUGUUUUCUUCAGAUCUUGGACAGUUUGGAUUUGAAUUAGUUGCUGAUUGCAUGGAUUGGUUGGAGAUCGAGUGGAUUCAUUCAUUUCUAGGGAAAAUCAACCUAAAUGCUGAUAGUUGCGCUAAAACUGAUUGGGGUAAAGCAGGAUUUAGAGGCCUCUUCAAGGAUGAGAAGAAAUCAUGGAUUCUAGGCUACUCAGGAAAACUGGAUGCGGCAACCUGUCUUGAAGCUGAAAUCUGGGCCAUAUACUGUGGCACAACCAUCAUCCAUGAGAAAGGAUGCAAGGUGUUGAGAUUGAGACGGACUGUCAAGAGCAGUAAAUCUGAUUCAAAAUGGUGUUCACCCAAACUGCCCAUACAGAGCAUUAGUGGAAGAUACGAAAUUCUUGACUCAGAAUGUGAUGAAUGAUCAAACACAUCUUUUGCGAAGCCAGCAAGAGCGCUGAUGCACUUGCACAAAUUGGAGUUGAUCAGCAAGAAGUUCUGGAAAUCUAUGAAGACCCACCUAGCUCAAUUAGGCCCUUUCUUGUAGCUGACCUCGUUGGUCUUGUGUAUGAGAGGGAUUAAUUCCCUCAUUAUCUUUAUCUUUGCUUGUAAUGACUCUUUGCUUCAAUUAACUUUCCUUUUCACCAAAAAGAAAGGAAAAGAAAGAAGUAACAGUGAUGUUGGAAAUACCAUCAUGCUAAACGUUAUGACUUGAAAAUGGUGGGUGGUGGACACUAGAGCAUUUUAAAUAUUUUACUUGAAAUCAACAUUUUUUGGUACCAAUGAAAUUACGUACGUGGAUGAAGAUGCUGGGAGGUCUAUAAAUAUUUUAGUCCAUCUUUUUGUCA